AUGCCUUUUGACUAUAGUAGAAGGGCAAGAGUUAUAGUUAGCUAGAGAAUGAAAAAAAAAUCAAUAAAUUAUCUAAAUCUUUAAUAAUUUAUAAUAAAUGAAUAAUAUUAUUUCAUAUAAAUACAAAAUAGUAAACAACUUUUAAACAUUAGUCUAUAAAAAACAUUAAACAUUUGUAUUUAUAAAUAAUUUUUAUCAUUUUAUUAUUCAAGUGAUAAAAAUUAAUUAAAAAUAGUUUUAGCGAUUAUAAUAAAGAGAAAGAAAGCAUAAAACUAGGCUGUUCAAUUAAUUAUUUGCUAUCUAAAUUUUCAAGAUAUUCUAUAUAUUACAGACUUUCAAUUAUACAGUAAUAAAAAAGAAAGAGCAAGAGUGUUGAUCUUAAAGACAAAUCCUUUAUAAUGGAUUUUUGAACAGAGUAUUAGUUUUAAGAAUUUGAAAAUUAAAAUAUAGUAAUCAAGUAUGGCCUGCUAAUUUAUAAACUAAAUCUGUACCAUUAUAAAAACCUAAUACUAAUAUGUAAAGUUAACAAGAGCCACAUUUUAGAUUGAUUAUAUUAUAAUAUAAAUUCUUCUAUAAACAAAGAUUAAACAUCUUCUUUGGUAACUAAUUUUUUAUGUAAAAUUAUCUUUAAUACAUAAAUAAGAUAUUUAUGUCCUUCAUACGGAUUUUUAGAUUAUCUUUAGAAUAAUAAUUAAAUUUGAGAAUUGCACAUGA